AUGACAUCUGGAGAAGCUCGGAACCACAAAAAUAAAGGAAAUACAACCACAAGCACCGAGGAGGCGCAACAAGUAAACAAAGGCAAAACCAGGCACCAGGGAGACACGGAAACUAAAGGAAAUACAACCACAAGCACCGAGGAGGCGCAACAAGUAAACAAAGGUAAAACCAGGCACCAGGGAGACACGGAAACUAAAGGAAAUACAACCACAAGCACCGAGGAGGCGCAACAAGUAAACAAAGGCAAAACCAGGCACCAGGGAGACACGGAAACUAAAGGAAAUACAACCACAAGCACCGAGGAGGCGCAACAAGUAAACAAAGGCAAAACCAGGCACCAGGGAGACACGGAAACUAAAGGAAAUACAACCACAAGCACCGAGGAGGCGCAACAAGUAAACAAAGGCAAAACCAGGCACCAGGGAGACACGGAAACUAAAGGAAAUACAACCACAAGCACCGAGGAGGCGCAACAAGUAAACAAAGGCAAAACCAGGCACCAGGGAGACACGGAAACUAAAGGAAAUACAACCACAAGCACCGAGGAGGCGCAACAAGUAAACAAAGGCAAAACCAGGCACCAGGGAGACACGGAAACUAAAGGAAAUACAACCACAAGCACCGAGGAGGCGCAACAAGUAAACAAAGGCAAAACCAGGCACCAGGGAGACACGGAAACUAAAGGAAAUACAACCACAAGCACCGAGGAGGCGCAACAAGUAAACAAAGGCAAAACCAGGCACCAGGGAGACACGGAAACUAAAGGAAAUACAACCACAAGCACCGAGGAGGCGCAACAAGUAAACAAAGGCAAAACCAGGCACCAGGGAGACACGGAAACUAAAGGAAAUACAACCACAAGCACCGAGGAGGCGCAACAAGUAAACAAAGGCAAAACCAGGCACCAGGGAGACACGGAAACUAAAGGAAAUACAACCACAAGCACCGAGGAGGCGCAACAAGUAAACAAAGGCAAAACCAGGCACCAGGGAGACACGGAAACUAAAGGAAAUACAACCACAAGCACCGAGGAGGCGCAACAAGUAAACAAAGGCAAAACCAGGCACCAGGGAGACACGGAAACUAAAGGAAAUACAACCACAAGCACCGAGGAGGCGCAACAAGUAAACAAAGGCAAAACCAGGCACCAGGGAGACACGGAAACUAAAGGAAAUACAACCACAAGCACCGAGGAGGCGCAACAAGUAAACAAAGGCAAAACCAGGCACCAGGGAGACACGGAAACUAAAGGAAAUACAACCACAAGCACCGAGGAGGCGCAACAAGUAAACAAAGGCAAAACCAGGCACCAGGGAGACACGGAAACUAAAGGAAAUACAACCACAAGCACCGAGGAGGCGCAACAAGUAAACAAAGGCAAAACCAGGCACCAGGGAGACACGGAAACUAAAGGAAAUACAACCACAAGCACCGAGGAGGCGCAACAAGUAAACAAAGGCAAAACCAGGCACCAGGGAGACACGGAAACUAAAGGAAAUACAACCACAAGCACCGAGGAGGCGCAACAAGUAAACAAAGGCAAAACCAGGCACCAGGGAGACACGGAAACUAAAGGAAAUACAACCACAAGCACCGAGGAGGCGCAACAAGUAAACAAAGGCAAAACCAGGCACCAGGGAGACACGGAAACUAAAGGAAAUACAACCACAAGCACCGAGGAGGCGCAACAAGUAAACAAAGGCAAAACCAGGCACCAGGGAGACACGGAAACUAAAGGAAAUACAACCACAAGCACCGAGGAGGCGCAACAAGUAAACAAAGGCAAAACCAGGCACCAGGGAGACACGGAAACUAAAGGAAAUACAACCACAAGCACCGAGGAGGCGCAACAAGUAAACAAAGGCAAAACCAGGCACCAGGGAGACACGGAAACUAAAGGAAAUACAACCACAAGCACCGAGGAGGCGCAACAAGUAAACAAAGGCAAAACCAGGCACCAGGGAGACACGGAAACUAAAGGAAAUACAAAAAAGCAGACAGAAGGGUUUUGCGCAGACUAUUGA